AUGAACAAGAAAAAUAAGAAUGAGAUGAAGUCUUUGAAACAUUAUUUUUCAGCAUUACCAUCAAAACCAAAUUCUAAUUCAGAUAAAAUUGACUUAGACAAUCCACCAGAUGCAGUAUUCAAUUCCAAAUUCCAAACUACGGAAGUGACCGACGGUGAUCAGAGAGACCCCGUGAAAGGUUAUGAAAAUGCGAAGAUUUCUCUCACACUUAAUGAAGGUCCAUUUCAACCUAAAAAUGUAUUGUAUCCAUUACGUAAUGGAAGAAAAUUUAAGGAAAUAUGGUUUACACAAUUCAAAUGGCUUGAGUAUAGUGUAACUCUAGACUCUGCUUUUUGCUUCUUUUGUAGAGCGUUUUAUAAAAUUGGUAAAAUGGACGAUGCAUUUACAUGCAAAGGUUAUAGUAAUUGGAAGAAAGCUAUUGAAAAAUUUAAUAAUCACCAAAAAAGUAUCAUGCAUUUAGAAUCUUCGGUAAGAGUUGAUGAAUUUAUAAAAAGCUUGCGCAGUAAUAGUACUAGACAAAUUAGAUUCUCAGCAUACAAAAACAAGGUAUUGCGUUACGCGGGCAUGAUGAAAGUGAAGAAAGUGACAAUCAAGGAAACUUCCUUGAACUUAUGA